GCCAACUCUGCAUGCUUCCAUUUUUGAUUUGCUUUUCUCUUAUCAAAUCAGACCCGUGACAACCUUCCUACCGAUCUACCACUCAUUCACCACCAUUAAGUUAUUAACCAAGUGGGACAUGUCCUUCUGCUACAACAGUCUCAUGCGUCUAAUUUCUGCAGUCCAUGCCCAUGUUCGUGCUGACGAAAAAAAUGAUGCGGACUCUCUUUUCGUUGACGUCAAAAACGAUCUUAAGCACACAACCCGUACUGUUGACAAUGCCUUACUGGGCCAAGAACACCCGGAGAACCUGGUGUCCAUAGACAGCUUCGAUCCACUAUUAUUCAGGCUCGGACUCGAGCAACUUUCCUAUGAGUAUUUCCUGGCUCCUGCCCAGUUUCACUCAUCACGCCAAGACGUCGAAUCAGUGGAGAUCCCAAAACAUGUACCUACGACCUUAAAGCAUUUACACCUCCAAAAAUAUAAGGAAAAGAUUAGUGAAGUUAACAAAAUGAUCAAUGACGUGUUGGACUUCUCGGAGUCUGUCAUUGAGUUGAAGAAGCUAUCUACUGCCAACUAUAUAAAGGAUGAGCAACGCUCAGAUAUCGUAGGCCUUAUCUCGUCGGGUGUCUACUGGAUUAUCAUAACUGUUGUAGCUUGCACAACUCAGAUAUGUUGUCUCACUAGUGAAAAGUAAGUU